AUGAUCCGGGGGGGACUCACCUCGACAGAAGAGGAAUGCGAAAAAUGGAUGCCUCAAGAGUGCACCAAGCAGUGGGAAAUCCUCAAGGACAAAGUCGUUCAAAUGAACGCGCGGUUCAAGGAGGACGAAGGCAAGGGUCCGUUCGUUUUGGGUGAUAUCUUAUCCUGGGCGGAUAUUGUCGCAGCUGCGCAGUUAGGUUUCUACAAAUCGAUCUGGGGUGCGAAAAGCGAGGAGUGGCGCGAUUGGGAAAUCUGGGAUGGCGGAUAUCGGAAAACCUCAUAUACGCUCUCGAAAAGGACGGGAUCGCAUUAUAAGGCAAAGUUCAUUGCAUUCCCACGAGUUACGUUACCACCUCGCCAUUGGGAACCCGGAACGCGUCGCCUUGGGCCAAGGUCAAGUUCUUCAGGCGAUACGUACAGAAAAGGUCUCAGUGGUCGGCAAAGGAUGGAUAAAGCCAGUAUGGCCUUGUUGCAACGCGCUGUUCGCGACCUUCCUCGCAAUGGAUGUCAGAGGAGCUGUUCCACAACAUCAUUGCCACCGGAAAUUCUCACUAUCAUCUUCAAAUACAUCCACGAAGAACAGGAAAUUUUGCAUCGGAACGCGGAUCUAGAUUUUGCGGGUGAUUACGACCCUUCGACCUUCGAAGGAGUCUCAAGACACGCAAUAAUCGACUCAGCUUUCACAGAAUUGCACAAAGCCGUAUGUUCAGAUGUCUUUUUCCCUUACACCUUCGCGUCCGUUUGCUCGUAUUGGGACGACGUGCUCGCCUUGACCCCAGCAUUCUGGACACGCGUCGUCCUCUUCAUGGACGCGCUGUGCACUCCGGUUCCGAGAGCCAAAACGCUUCUGCGUCGAUCGCGUCAACUACCCAUCGACUUCAUCAUCACGCGUCGAAUGGACUACUGCUCCAGCUCUACCACUGCCUGGGAGCAGGCCAUCGUUUUCCAUUUCCUCGCAUCCUUGGCCGACCACCUACAUCGCUGCAAGACCAUUUACGUUUCAGCCACCUGUAGCUCGUCUCUGCCCUUUCCUGCGGGCAUGUUCAAGCUCCCAACCCCCCUCCUUCGGCGAAUGUGGUACAAAGCAGAUUUCGACGACACCCUAUACGACACGAAGGAGUCCAAACACGUCGUAGAAGAUUUCUUUACGAAGGAUGGUGAUGCGGACGUUGAAUUUAUGCCCAAGCUUCGGACCCUCGCGAUCGACGGACGAAAUUUUCAAAGAGCAUUCUUCGCCUCCUCGCACGAGGGCUGGCCGCACUCGGCUGAACACAGUUGCCACGAAUGCGAACUCCCUCUUUACGUCCUCCUUGACAAGGUCGAGUCCUUCAACUCUCUAGCCUAUCUCCGAAUCCAACACCUUAAGUUGUCGAUUGCCCCAAACGACUUCGACCCGCUGUCCUACUCAUGGUACCACCUCACCGAGCUUGUCCUUGCAGAGAUCGCCCCCGACGUCAUCAGCGAGCUGUUCAGGCUCUGCUCCUUCACCUCCGAUGGCCAUUCCCUCCUCAUGCUCGAGUUCAACCGCUGUCCAAACCUCCACGAAAUCGGCACGAUACCGUCUGUACCCUUUACCAAUCUUAGGAACCUCGACGCAAACGUUUUACUCGAGCCCCUGCUACGCGAUUGGGAUGCCCAGGCGCUGAUGUUCUACAAGGUGGAGAAUGUUGACGACACGUUACUCGACAUGCUCACGAGGAAAGAAGACCCUGACGACUUCGACUUGUUCGUCGCUCCCCAGCUGAUGGCCUUGGACCUACACUGCUGCCCAAACAUCACCGUGUCGGCGUUGCGCAAGAUGGUCGACACCCGCUCCGGCUACGUUGAUUUCAACGACCCGGACUGGCAGAACACGACGGACUUUGGACCGGCGUUAUUCAAGCUGGCUGUGUUGGACGAGCCUGGUAACACCCUUGAGUUGUCUGCUGAAGAUGAAGGGUGGUUUCGCAGCCGUAUCCCCAUGUUCUCUUGGGGAAGCUUGCAGCGAUGA